ACUGUUGCAGCCCGCGCGGGAGCUGGGAGGCGACCGGAGCCUCCAGUCCCUAGAGGUGCCCGCGGGAACAGGAGGAGGCGGAGGCGGCCUCCGCCCUCCGGGAGCGAAGCCCCUUCGGUCCCUUUCUUCAGCAGCAUGCCGCGGACGCCGCCGCUCCGCAGCCCGCGCGGCGGUGGGGAUCCCGGGCGGCGGUGGCGGGCGCAGCCCUGACGCGCGCUCGGAACCUUGAACGCGGGGACGCGGUGUGAGGGGCGGGGGGAAAGUCGCCUGAGGUCUGAAACGGGGCUCCCGGAGCCCCGCGGCCGCCCCGAGGCCUCUCUGCCCGGACCCGGGGCCAUGAAGAAGGACGAACGAGACGGGAGAGCCAUGCGGUGCCCGCCGCCGGACGGGGCCGCCUCGCCCCCCGAGAGCCUGCGGAACGGCUACGUGAAAGGCUGCGUGAGCCCGCUGCGCCAGGACCCUCCGCGCGGCUUCUUUUUCCACCUCUGCCGCUUCUGCAACGUGGAGCCGCCGCCGCUGCCGCCGACCUCCCCCGCCUUUGUCCUCGUGCUGCUUCUGCUGCUGCUGCUGCUGGACGCGGGGCCCCAGAGCUGGGCGGCCGGGGCGGCGAGGCUGCGGACGCUGCUGAGCGUGUGCUCGCUCUGCCUCAGCCCGCUCUUCAGCAUCGCCUGUGCCUUCUUCUUCCUCACCUGCUUCCUGACGCGGACCCAGCGGGCGCCGGGCCGCGGCGGCGGCGGCGGCGGCUCCUGGUGGCUGCUGGCCCUGCCCGCCUGCUGUUACCUGGGGGACUUCCUGGCUUGGCAGUGGGGGGCUUGGCCGUGGGGGGACGCGGCUGCAGCCCCGCACACGCCCCCGGCGGGCAGGUUGGUCCUGGUGCUGAGUUGCGUGGGUCUGCUGACGCUCGCGCACCCCGGGAGGCUCGGACACAGCAUCCUGGUGCUGCUCUUCGCCUGCUGCGUCUGGUGGGUGUCGUUCGCCAGCCUCGGGGCGCUGCCUGCCGGGCUCAGGCCGCUGCUCUCCGGCCUGGUCGGGGCCAUCGGCUGCCUGUUAGCUCUCGGCUUGGAUCACUUCUUUCACAUCAGGGAAGCCCCGCAGCAUCCCCGCCUGUCUAGUGCUGCGGAUGAUAAAGUGCCUGUGAUCAGACCCCGCCGGAGGUCCAGCUGCGUGUCCCUGGGAGAAAGCGCGGCCACUUACUAUGGCAGUGGCAAAAUGUUCAGGAGACCUUCUCUGCCUUGUAUCUCGAGAGAACAGAUGAUCCUAUGGGAUUGGGACUUAAAGCAGUGGCAUAAACCUCAUUACCAGAAUUCUGGAGGUGGAAAUGGAAUUGAUCUAUCAGUGCUAAAUGAGGCGCGAAAUAUGGUGUCAGAUCUUCUGGUUGACCCAAGCCUUCCCCCACAAGUUAUUUCUUCUCUACGGAGUAUCAGUAGCUUGAUGGGCGCUUUCUCAGGUUCCUGUAGGCCAAAGAUUAAUCCUCUUACACCAUUUCCUGGAUUUUACCCAUACUCUGAAAUAGAGGAUCCACCCGAGAAAGGAGAUCGAAAAAUUCACAAGGGAAUAAGUAGUAGAAAUAGUUUACCGACUCCACAGAUGAGAAGAAGCUCUGGAACUUCAGGAUUGCUACCUACUGAACAAUCUUCAAGGUGGGAACGGAGUAAUGGCAAAAAGCCUCACCAAGAAUUUAAUAUUCCAAGUCAAGGAUGCUAUCUGAAUGGGCCUUUUAGUUCCAGUUUCUUGACAGUGCCAAAGCAAAGGUCAUCUUCUAUAUCACUGUCUCACCAUGUAGGUCUGAGAAGAGCUGGUGCUUUGCCCAGCUUGAGUCCUAUGAAUUCUCCUAGCUAUGGUCCAGUGUCUUCUGGCUCUCUAACUAAUCGAUCACCCAUAGAAUUUCCUGAUACAGCUGAUUUCCUUUCUAAGCCAAGUGUUGUUUUACAUAGAUCUCUGGGUAAUGUACCCAGUACACCAGAUUUUAAUCAGUACUGUAGAAAUUCUGAUAGCAAUCUGUGUAACAGCUGCGGACAUCAAAUACUAAAAUAUGUUUCAACAUGUGAAUUGGAUGGUACAGACCACUACAGUGGAAAAUCAGGUGCAGAAGACAACCGUGUUUUUUUGAAAGAACCAUUCAACCUUACGGAAAUUCAGCAGGAAGAGGAAACAGAGAAGAGCGAUUGCAGAAAAUUAUUUUUGGAAGGUGAUAAUUGCCUAACGGAAGAGGCACAGCAACCAAAUGUAAAAGAUAAAUUCAAUAUGAUUAUGUUAAAUUCAAAAUAUCAUAAUCGUAUACAUGCCACAGAUGUCCUACAUGCAGUUUGGUAUCUGACAACACGGCCAAUUCCAGGCUUACAACAGAUCCAUAACAAUCAUGAAACAGGAAAUGAAAUAGAUUCUGAUGGUAGAGUUACUCGUGGGCAAAUUGCUUACAUUUCUUCAAAGAGCUGCUCAAUUCCAGAUGAGAGUUAUGGCUGCCUGUCUUCAAACAUUCCUGCAUUAGAAUUGAUGGCUUUGUAUGUGGCAGCUGCCAUGCAUGAUUAUGAUCACCCAGGGAGAACAAAUGCAUUUCUUGUGGCUACAAAUGCACCUCAGGCAGUUCUGUACAAUGAUAGAUCUGUUCUAGAAAAUCAUCAUGCUGCAUCAGCUUGGAAUCUAUAUCUUUCUCGACCAGAAUACAACUUCCUUCUUAAUCUUGAUCAUGUGGAAUUCAAGCGUUUUCGAUUUUUAGUCAUUGAAGCAAUCCUUGCCACAGAUCUUAAAAAGCAUUUUGACUUUCUUGCUGAAUUCAAUGCCAAGGCUAAUGAUGUCAAUAGUAAUGGUAUAGAAUGGAACAGUGAAAAUGAUCGCCUCUUAGUCUGCCAGGUGUGCAUCAAAUUAGCAGAUAUAAAUGGCCCAGCAAAAGUUCGGGAUUUGCAUUUGAAAUGGACUGAAGGCAUUGUUAAUGAAUUUUAUGAGCAGGGAGAUGAAGAAGCAAACCUUGGUCUACCCAUCAGUCCCUUCAUGGAUCGUUCUUCUCCUCAACUAGCAAAACUCCAAGAAUCCUUUAUCACCCACAUUGUGGGUCCUCUAUGCAACUCCUAUGAUGCUGCUGGUUUGCUACCAGGUCAGUGGAUAGAAGGAGAGGAUGAUGAUGACACUGAAAGUGGUGAUGAUGAAGAUGGUGAAGAAUUAGAUACAGAUGAUGAAGACAUGGGAGACAAUCUAAUUCCUAAGCCACAAAGAAGGAAAGGCAGGCGGCGAAUAUUUUGUCAGCUAAUGCACCACCUCUCUGAAAACCACAAGAUAUGGAAGGAAAUCAUAGAGGAAGAAGAAAAAUGUAAAGUUGAGGGGGAUAAACUACAGGUGGAGAACACAUUACCUCAAGCAGAUGAGAUUCAGGUCAUUGAAGAAGCAGAUGAAGAGGAAGAACCACAGUUUGAAUAAAAGGAGAAUCAUACUACAGCAGCCUAGAGGGCUGCUCCCAGGGUCAGAAAUCAUUACCUAAUGUUCACUGUGCUGACUUUCAACUGACCAUUCCCAUGUGGACCAGCCUUAAUACUGUGAGAGGAUCCUUGCUGUUCUGGCAGGUUCCCACUCCUAAGCACUUUCACCAAAUGGACUACAAAAUUAUUGAUAGAUCUAGGCUUCGUUUGGCCUCUGUUGCAAAGUCCUCCCUUAAAGUCUUCACUGGUGUAUAAAUACUUUGUGAUAAUGCUGCUUUGCAGGGUAGUGAGCUCUCAUUUUUCCAAGGGGAUGGGAGGCUGUAACUAUAAACUCUCAAGUGACUUAUUUCAGUUUCCAAAGUGGCCAGAACUUUCUGCUUUUAUGAAAACAGGAUUCAUACAGUAUUUCCAAAUGCAUCUUUUAUGUCUUUGUAUUUUUUUAAGUCUAUACCUAUCUAAAAAUGAAUCCAUUGUGGCCUUUUUGAGGGAUUUAUGCUCACUGCAAUAUACUGCUCAGUGCUGUUAUCCCAGCUAGGUUUAUCCAUGAAGGACUGAGUAACCUUUGUUAUAUUUAACAAAAUCCAGGUGCAUCAAUUUCUGAUGCUUUUUAUUGCUGUGUAUUAUCUACUACAUGUUUAUUUUUGCUCAGAGUAUUCAGGUUUGCCAUGGACAUCAGAAGUCAGAAUUGUAGUGUUACUGAUUUUUAUGAUCCAUGGUUGAAUUUUAAAUCUGUUUAAUAAUGAAGGAAUUUUGUUCUUUAGUCAAAACUGUUCUUUUACUCUUGCUCAGGAUUAGUAUUAUAAACAUUGAAUUGUUAUGAACAUGGCAUAGAUUUGCCAGAAGAAAAAAGUUGUCCUAAUAUUAGUGUUAACUUUUUAUGAAUAAGUAUCACUUUGUCUUCUUGGAUGAAUGUGAGACUAAUUAAAGCCAAGGAAAAGGAGCUAUCUGUCUUUUGCUUUCAUGAAAAAGUGAAAUGAAAUGAAUAUUAUCAAAGAUAAAAGUAAUAUGAUGAGCUCUGAAAGACAUAUACAUUGAAUAAUUAGAAUAUUUGGCAAUAUUAUAUCCAUAUUUUAGGUGUAAAGUGUUUGGUAACUAUAAACUUAUACUCAUCUAUUAGAUUUUUUUUAUGCCUCAGAACUACAUGACAGAAAUGAUCUACCAGUAUGUAAUAAUUUUGGAGCCCAAUUGUAAACCUGAUUUCGGAGAUAGAGUAAAUAAUGGGAAUACUUAGUUUUUAUAUAAAACUCUGAGUAGUUUGGUAAAUUAUUUCACACAAAAGCAUAUAAAAAUGAUAUUAAGAUGGCUGUACAGAAAUGGAUUUAUAAUAUUGAUAUAGUUGUUAAGGUGGCGAUACGUACCCUAGUGAAAAAAAUAUUUGCUGUUACAAAGAACAACCAACAUAAUACCAAGAUGGUAAAUCUAAUACUUUUCAUUAUCCAUCAAGACCACAUGUUUUGGAAUCAUGCAGCUUUGAAGACAGUAAACCAUUGAUUUUCAAGGUGGUUAACUUAAAGUGUGAUAUUGGCAGUUUUUUAACCUAAUGACAAUAUAUAGGUUAUCUGAAAGAUCUCAAAGCUCUUUUGAGCUGGGUAUGGUGGUGUAUAUAUAUAAUCCUAGUACAUAGGAGGUAGAGGCCCAAGAAUUGAAAGGUUGAGGCUACUUCAACCUCUAUAAGUGAGUGAAUCACUAAGCUUUAUUUAUUAAAUGUGUUGAAUGUUGCUGAAUUCUUUCCUGCUAGUUUUGCUGCCAUUGCCACACAGUUUGUAAACUAAUAUAUUACUGAAUAAUAAAAUUUUAACCAAUAAUA